GGGGCUGGCGUGGCCAAGCAUUUGUUUGUUUUGUGGGUGGUCCGUGUGAAUCCCGUGAAAGGGCUGGAAAUGGCGGCGCCGACCAGGAGGUCGCAGUCCACUCUGCACAGGAAGGGGCUGAUGGCGGCUGACAGAAGGAGCAGGAUAUUGGCAGUGUGUGGUAUGCAUCCUGACCAUCAGGAAACCCUGAAAAAGAACCGAGUGGUGCUGGCCAAACAGCUGUUGCUGAGCGAACUGUUAGAACAUCUCCUAGAAAAAGACAUCAUCACUUUGGAAAUGAGGGAGCUCAUCCAGGCCAAAGGGGGCAGCUUUAGCCAGAAUGUGGAACUCCUCAACCUGCUGCCAAAGAGAGGACCCCAGGCGUUUGAUGCCUUCUGUGAGGCCCUGCGGGAGACCAGGCAGGGCCACCUGGAAGACCUGCUGCUCACAACCCUCUCUGAUAUUCAGCAUGCACUCCCACCGUUGAGCUGUGACUAUGACACAAGUCUCCCUUUCUCAGUGUGUGAGUCCUGCCCGCCUCAAAAGCAGCUCCGCCUAUCCACAGAUACUAUGGAACACUCCUUAGAUAACGGUGAUGGUCCUCCCUGCCUUCAGGUGAAGCCGUGCACUCCUGAGUUUUAUCAGGCACACUACCAGCUGGCCUAUAGGUUGCAGUCUCAGCCUCGUGGCUUGGCACUGGUAUUGAGUAAUGUGCACUUCACUGGGGAGAAAGACCUGGAAUUUCGCUCUGGAGGGGAUGUGGACCACAGUACUCUAGUCACCCUCUUCAAGCUUUUGGGCUACAACGUCCAUGUUCUCCAUGACCAGACUGCACAGGAAAUGCAAGAGAAACUUCAGAAUUUCGCACAGUUGCCUGCACACCGGGUCACAGACUCCUGCAUUGUGGCACUCCUCUCCCAUGGUGUGGAAGGUGGCAUCUACGGUGUGGAUGGCAAACUGCUCCAGCUCCAAGAGGUUUUUCGACUUUUUGACAAUGCUAACUGUCCAAGUCUACAGAACAAGCCGAAAAUGUUCUUCAUCCAAGCAUGUCGUGGAGAUGAGACAGAUCGAGGGGUUGACCAGCAAGAUGGAAAGAAUCACCCACAAUCCCCAGGAUGUGAAGAGAGUGAUGCUGGCAAGGAGGAAUUAAUAAAGAUGAGACUGCCUACUCGCUCAGAUAUGAUAUGUGGCUAUGCUUGUCUGAAAGGCAAUGCUGCUAUGCGGAACACCAAACGGGGUUCCUGGUACAUUGAGGCACUCUCUCAGGUAUUCUCUGAAAGAGCAUGUGACAUGCACGUGGCCGACAUGCUGGUUAAGGUGAAUGCCCUUAUCAAGGAGCGGGAAGGCUACGCCCCUGGCACAGAAUUCCACCGAUGCAAGGAGAUGUCUGAGUACUGUAGUACUCUGUGCCAGCAGCUCUACCUGUUCCCAGGCCACCCACCCACGUGAUGCCACCUGCCGUUCAUGCUGUUGGAGGCCACUGGAUCACUGAGGGCACAAUGGAGCCUUCUCUUCAGGAUGGUUUUUGUUUUACUAACCCCCUCAGGGACAUGAGACUCUCCCAGGCUUGUUUCCUUUUGGCCAUCUC